AUGCCCGCCACCGUUAUCGGGGGCUCCCUUUGCGGAAGAGCCGAAGCCACACUGCCGUUUGCAAUCUCGAGCAUGCUUCCGACGCACUCACCGCCCAAGGCGCUGGACCAGCCGCUCCUCGCGGACGCGGAGCCCUGGUUCAACCGCCCCAAGACCAAGAGGGCGCUCGUUGCCGGCGCCAUGCUCCUCGUUGCCGGCGGCUGCGGAAUUGGACUCGUCGGCGCGAUGGUUGUGCCCAGCGGAGUCUUUCUGCAGAGCGCCGACGAGUCGGUGUCGGCGCUCAAGGCCGAGAACGAGGCGCUGAGGAAGGAGAACGCGGCACUGAAGAACGCAUCUCAGCUCUCCAAUUCGUCCAAGUUUGGCGGUAAAGACGUGCGCUUUGGCUUCAACCGCGGUGACACGCUGGAUGGCGGGUCGAAGGCCGGCGAUAGCUCCUGGGGCGGGACGCCGUACGGCAACAAGAUCAACGGCGGAUUCGAUGUGGGCACGAUGUCUGGCCGGAAGGAUGGCGCAAAGGCGACGGGCUUCGGCUUUGGGCCGAAGACGGACCCGCGCGGCGAAAUGGAGAAGAAGUGGAGCGGCGGGAUGCAAUUCGGUCCGGACCUCGAGGACGGCGGGUCCAAGGAUGGGGAUAAGUCAUGGGGUGGAACUCCCUUUGGAAACAAAGUCAACGGCGGCUACGACAUCGACAAGUGGACUAGCGUGGGAGGCGCCAAGGGCGGCUACAAGGAUGCAGACGGCACGAAGUUCGGGCCCGGCAUGGAGGACGGCGGAUCCAAGGCGGGAGAGAAGUCGUGGGGUGGAACCCCCUACGGCAACAAGAUCAAUGGUGGGUACGACUUUGGUAAGUGGACUGGCGGCGACGGACAGCGCGUGGGCCAGUAA